GGCAGGCCCGGGGGCAGCGCCGCUGCGGCUAAAGAGGAACCGGGGCACCGAUGAGCGCCGCCAGAUAGCAGCCCGAGCUCCAGGCCCUGGCGGAACGCACACCGUGGUCGCCGCCUGCUCCAGAGCCACAAGGAUGCGUCAGGAUGAAACGCCACAGGCAUCUAAGCAGCAGUGACAGUUCAGACAAUGAAAGUCCUUCCACUUCUUUCUCCUUUUGUUCUAAAUACAGAAGCAAAUCAAAAACACCAACAAAUGAACAAAAGAAGCCUGCCGAGGUGUUUCGAAAGGAUCUCAUCAGUGCCAUGAAACUGCCAGACUCUCAUCAUAUUAACCCAGAUGAAUAUUAUUUGUUUGCGGAUACCUGGAAACAAGAAUGGGAAAAGGGUGUGCAAGUCCCUGCAAGCCCAGAAACUAUUCCACAGCCUUCUCUCAGAAUUGUAGCAGAAAAGGUGAAGCAAGUACUUUAUACACGGCCCAGAAAGUACAUCCGUUGUUCAAGUCAAGAGUCUGCUGAACCUGGCUACAUCAACAUUCUAGAAUUGGCAGAAUCAAUGUGUCGUUAUGACUUGGAUGACAUGGAUAUCUUCUGGCUUCAGGAAGUAAAUGAGGAACUUGCUGAAAUGGGAUAUGGACAGCUUGAUGAAAAUACUAUGGAGAAAAUGGUAGAAGUCCUGGAACGUCACUGUCAUGAGAAUAUGAACCAUGCCAUUGAAACAGAGGAAGGGCUUGGUAUAGAAUACGAUGAAGAUGUAAUCUGUGAUGUGUGCCGAUCUCCUGAUAGUGAAGAUGGAAAUGAUAUGGUGUUUUGUGAUAAAUGUAACAUCUGUGUGCAUCAGGCAUGCUAUGGUAUCCUAAAAGUUCCUGAGGGGAGUUGGCUUUGCCGUACUUGUGUUCUAGGUAUACACCCUCAGUGUCUCCUGUGUCCAAAGAGGGGUGGAGCUAUGAAAGCCACAAGAACGGGUACUAAGUGGGCACAUGUGAGUUGUGCUCUCUGGAUUCCAGAGGUAAGCAUUGCUUGUCCAGAAAGGAUGGAACCAAUUACAAAAGUGUCCCACAUUCCUCCAAGUAGAUGGGCUUUAGUUUGCAGUUUAUGCAAACUGAAAACUGGUGCUUGUAUUCAGUGCUCUGUGAAGAGCUGUAUCACUGCCUUUCAUGUCACAUGUGCCUUUGAGCAUAGCUUAGAAAUGAAAACAAUCCUGGAUGAUGGUGAUGAAGUCAAGUUCAAGUCAUAUUGUCUAAAGCAUAGCAAAACCAAGCAAAACUUGAUACCUGAUACAGAAAACCUCAAGAGCACAGUAGACCAGAAGCAAACUGAGAGUGAGAAAACCAGUUUGCGUGCUCAGAAACUUCAGGAACUGGAGGAAGAGUUUUACUCACUAGUGAGAAUAGAUGAUGUUGCAGCAGAACUGGGGCUUCCUAAGCUCACCGUGGACCUGAUCUUUAAUUACUGGAAAUUAAAAAGGAAGAGUAACUUUAAUAAACCGUUAUUUCCUCCCAAGGAGGAUGAAGAAAAUGGCUUGAUUCAGCCAAAAGAAGAUAGCAUUCAUACUCGAAUGAGGAUGUUCAUGCAUUUGAGACAGGAUUUAGAGAGGGUAAGAAAUCUUUGCUACAUGGUAAGCAGAAGAGAAAAAAUAAAACUUUCUCAUAGCAAAGCACAUGAACAGGUCUUCAAUUUACAAGUCCAGCUUAUUAAUCAGGAAAUUGCUGCAGGUCAUUCCCUGACAAGUGCACUAGAGAAUACAUUGUUCUACCCUCCUCCUAGAAUCACUUUAAAAUUAAAAAUGCCAAAAUCAUUGGGGGAUUGCAAAAGUAACUUAAAAACUGGUACAAAAUCACUUUCUCCUGACAACACUGCCAUGAUUUAUAACAAAAAAGGUAUUCCACUAACCAAGGAGACUUUUAUUUCAAAUAUGAAGUCCUACUCAAGGUUUCAGCAUGAAAACAGAAGCAAUGGCUUACUGGAAGGGAUUUUGAAACCUAGAAUUGAAGCAAAGGAUUCUGGGUCUGAGAACCUAUUAGAUUUCCAUCAUGGACAAUCAUCUGGCAAACCCCUGGCACUUCAAGCUGCACUGCAUGGACAGUCCUCUGUUGGGAAUGGGAAAAUUCAACAGAAUUCUAAAUUAGAAAAGUCUAAUGGCUUAAUGAGCAGAGUUGGGGAUAUCACUCAGCGAGAUAGCUCCAGCCAAACAACCUAUGAACAACAGUCUGUACUCUCUGCCCACUUGGCUAGCCAGAGCACCUUCAGAAAAUCCACAAUGGAACACUUUAGCAGGUCCUUCAAAGAAGCAACCAAUAGUUUGGUGAGGACUACAGAAGAUCUCAGGUGUUGCGAAAAACCCUCAAGAAGGCUUUCAGUGAGAGAGCGUCCAUGGGGCAAGCAGACUUUUGAAUAUCAAAUGGGGAGUGCCCCCUAUCAAGACAAUGAUGGGUAUUGCCCUGAUCUGGAACUCAGUGACUCUGAAGCAGAGAGUGAAGAGAAUAAAGGGCAGAUCAGAUUGAGGAAAAGCAGCUCAGGCAGAGAGAGCCCAAAUAAAGACUUCAGUAGAGAUUGUCACAGUAGAAAGAAAAGAAACUUGAUUUCUCAUAGUUCAGUGCAAAGGUGAUAGAAGUCCCUGAAGAUGAGAAUAGCUCAGCUUUGUGGGUUCCGAGAGUAGUUAUUACAAACCUUGGGAAAUCUCCAGGUUAACGAAUAGAGUACAGGGUCCACAAGCAAGUGACAAUAUUUUUCCAAACUGUACACUGGUUUGCCCUUUUUGAGGAGAUUGCUCCCACCCCCACCCCCACCCCCCCAGCCAUUGUGGGCAAAUACUCAGAAAGCUCUUUCACCAUCCUGUGACAAUCUUCAAGGUGACCAGACAAUUCUUGUUGCAGCUGCAGUAGAUUCUCAUUUCAUGAAAGCACUUAAAUCUCAGCUUUUGAAUUGUAACAAAGGGAAAGUGUAUUUGAAAUUAUAGUGUCUGCUUAAGUGUUUUUCUGAAUUGAGUCAUGUAACUACUAGAAAAAAUCAUGUUCUCAGUCAAUAUUAGAACACAUCGUAUGAUCCUAAAUCCUUAGAAGAAGGACCCAUUUUAAUUCAGUGGGACUUGCUUUCAAAUAACAUUAUAUAUCAUCAGAAUAUAUCAUAUGUCCUUCUAAUCUACUGAGGAAGGUUUAUAAACUCCACAGUCAAUGCUGCCAAACACACACUGACCUCUAGAUUUUUCCCAAUAGUUAACUCUUAAAAGUUGUGUUUCUUUUCACUAUUAUAAAUUGCUGUAUUCUAUAAAUACCUUUUAACUUCUAGUAUUUUUAAAUUGUUUUUAAUCCCUUUGUACAUAGUAACUUGUUGUGCAUUGCACUUGUAAAAUAUUUUAUGCAGCCAGCCAAUGAAAAUGGCUGGUGUGUGGAUAAUGUUUAACACUAGAAGUACUUAAUCUCUUUUACAUAUUCAGGCAAUCACCGGUUAUGCCAAAUUUUCCCAUGUGUUCUUAAAACUUGGUCCCCUUCCCAACAUGUAUUUUUUUUAAGCUAACAAAUACAUUCAGAUUUCUGAGCCAAAACAUUUAAAAUCAGUUUAUGCAAAGGUGUGUAUGUGUAUUGAAUUCUAGGUUUAAAUAAUCAAAAAACAUAAAUCAAAAUUUCCAAACAUCUUCACAACCACUUUAUUCUUUAAUUUUUUUACUAACACAUUGUAAUAUAUUAAAAUGCACACACAUAACAUCAUUACCUAAUUUAUUCUUUUGUUCAUUGCUGCACAUUUCUGAUUUUUAAUCAAAAUUAAAAAAUGAUUUUAUUUUUGGAAUAAUCACAAUCUACUUUUGUUAACAUAAUGCCAUAAUGUGAAACAACAGUAAUUGCUGUAAAUUUGGAAUAUAAUGAUAGCAAAAACAUCAUUUGUAGCAAAACAACAAAUGAGGGCCUUUAUGUCCUUGAAAGCCUUAAUACUAUUGGAUUUAGUUAGGAAGAAUAAAUUGACUCAUGAAAGUUAUAUAACAAAUUUGACAGGUCUGUACUUUUUGUUUUAGGUAUAUUUAACAUUUGCUUUGUCAAGUUUUUGUAUCUGUAUUUUUUUGUCUUUAAAAAGAUGUAUUUUUAAGGCAUUUUCUUUGGUGUAAAUAUGCAAUUGUAUUUUGUUUUAAGUUUGUUGAGAAAGGGUAGCCUUCAAAUUUUGAGCCAUUCAGAAUGGUGCUAGUAAAUUCAAUUCUCUACGUACUGGUCCUGACUGAAUUGGGUGCAAUUUUUUAGUGGCCAUGAGGAGAAAACACACAGUUAGUGACUCAUGCAUUGAGAAAAAGAAAGUAGGAAAUGGUGCUUCAGCAAGCUACAGCUGUUUUGAAACUUUUAGGUUGAUGAUUUAAAAUACAUCUGAUCAGGCAAUAGUGUUUUUCCAUAAUACUUUUACAUGAUUUCCGUAGAUACACAAAGGAUCCUUUGGCUUCAUAAUUUCAAGUAUCUGUCUCCAAAAUAUAAUUGCUAGUUUCCACAAAGUGUUCAGUAGCUAACUUUGAAGUAUUACCUCUUAAUUUGUUUCCUUGUUUUGACACAUAUGCAUACCUAAAUUCAGUUUUUUUAAAAAUGGACUUUUUCAGACGUUUCCUUUUUACAAUACUUUUUCAUUAAAUUAUGAAACUGCUAACCUUAC